CAUCAUAUCUAUCAAUUGAUAUGAUUUAUCUUACAUUCGUAUGUGUACUAUCUUUACCGAAAACAUUUAUUACUUUAUAUAUUUACUGCUGUAGUAACAUCUUAGUUUAAACGACUAUUUAUAAAGAUUAUUAUAUUAUAUCAAAAAAAAAAAAAAAUGGAAAAAGUAUCAAUAAAGAAUGUUGGAGAAUAUGAUGCUGAUCUAUUAGAUACUUCUAUCGAUGAGUUGGAAAUAGAAAAAAAAGUAAAGCAAAUAAAAGAAGAAGCAAAGUCCCUAAGUGUAACUGAUAAAAUUGCUACGUUACUUAAAGCGAUUACUUUCAUUGAUUUGACGUCCUUGGCAGGCAAUGAUACAACUGAAUCUAUUGAAAAAUUAUGUAAAAGAGCUUUAAAUCCUCUCAGUGGAGUGAAAUAUGAUUGGGAUGAACCGCUACAUACAGCAGCUGUAUGUGUCUAUCCAUUAAGAAUACAAGAUGCUAUAAAUGCAUUAAAAAAUGUUGAAACAAAGCAUGAUGUUUUUGUAGUUACCGUAGCUGCAGGCUUUCCCUCUGGUCAAUAUCCUCUACAAACACGUCUUGAAGAAGUCAAUUACACGGUGCAUACCGAAGCUAAAGAAAUAGACGUUGUAAUUAAUCGAACAUUAGCUUUAGAACAAAAAUGGAAACAACUAUACGAUGAAUUAAAAUUUAUGCGUAAAUCGUGUUACAAUAAAUGCAUGAAAACAAUACUUUCUGUAGGAGAAUUAUCUAAUUAUUAUAAUGUAUAUAAAGCAUCAAUGGUAGCUAUGAUGGUUGAAAGUGAUUUUAUUAAAACAUCUACCGGAAAGGAUAUUGUUAAUCCCACGUUACAUGAUGGUAUAGUUAUGUGCAAAGCUAUAAAAGAUUACUAUACACGAACAGGAAAAAAGGUUGGAUUUAAACCAGCUGGUGGUAUUAAAACAGCAUCAGAUGUCUUAGAAUGGAUGACAUUAGUUAAACAAGAAUUGGGUAAUUCGUGGUUAGAUAAAACAUUAUUCAGAAUUGGUGCAUCCAGUGUACUAGAUAAUAUUGCUAAUGAAAUUAAGAAUAUAAAUGAUAAAUGAAAAAAUUUAUUUUAUAUUAUAUAUAUAUAUA